UUAACCAGGGAAGUGGUAGGCGACAGCGGACGGAGGAUUGUGUUUGAGCUGUCAGUCUUUUCAGAGUGUAAUUAUGGGGCUUUUCUCCCCACCAGGAGAAACUGGAAGGACAUAGUUUCAAAGCAGGGGUCUUUAACUACGGCAUGGGCGCUGUGAUUAUUCUAUUGAAAACUGAAAAUGCGAGUUAAACGAAGUUAGAGAUGUGUGGGGUUAGGGUUUUGUCGACGCCGAUGUCUCCGCUGUUGUCCAGGAGGACAAGAUGGCAGCAAGGCAGGCGUUCUGAGCAUGGUGCGGGCAGAAAUUAACUCCACAACAUGUUCGGAGAAGACUGGAGUUCGGAUCAUCGUAACGGCCCGUGAAGGUAUGGCCUCACAGGUCUUGGUGUACCCACCACACGUUUAUCAAACCCAGACAAGUGCCUUUUGCAAUGUGAAGAAACCCAGAGUCGUGCUCAGUCGCUGUGCAUACCAUGAAAGGAUCCCACAGACGUAUGUGAUAGGCGUUAAUCUAGACAUUGCAACCCCGACCAAUAUUGUCCCCCGUUCAGAGACUGAAGAGUCAACAACUCGUAAGCCCCCAGCAGGGCAGGACUCCUUGCAGACUGUGCCCCAGAAAGUGGUGCCGAGUGUGCACCUGUCAGCAGCCCUUGACCCCCCCGAAGAAGUCCGCUCACAGGAGGUGGCCUCAGCACAGCAGGGCAGGUCCGAGGGCAGCCGCGGAGUGACGGCAACAGCAGCGGCCGGAUCGGACGGCGGAGACAGUGGCCGCAGCAGCUGCAGCAGUGCUGGAGGGGGAGGGCUGCCUUGGCGAGGCGAGGAGGAGGACAGCAGCGAAGACUUGGACACAGUUGACAGGCCUGUGAGAUGUGGGCUUAAACGUAAAGGUGGGGCUUUAGAGAACAGUACAAGCGCCAUGCAGAUAGUAGAGGACUGUUCCGCUCUGCCUGCCAUGUUGCAAACUAAUGUAGGGACCGCAGCCGGAGGGGCACCAGCAGCAGCAGCAGCGGUGGUGCCCCUGAAAGAGUCUGGGACUGGGGCCGUGACUGGGACAGCAGAGGGGGACUAUCAGCUGGUUCAGCAUGAGGUGCUCUGCUCCUUGAAGAACACCUAUGAGGUGCUGGAGUUCCUGGGCCGCGGCACGUUCGGCCAGGUGGUCAAAUGCUGGAAGCGCGGGACCAGCGAUAUUGUGGCCAUCAAGAUCCUCAAGAACCACCCGUCGUACGCGCGGCAGGGCCAGAUCGAGGUGGGCAUCCUGGCCCGUCUGAGCAGGGAGAACGCAGAGGAGCACAACCUCGUGCGAGCCUUCGAGUGCUUCCAGCACCGCAGCCACACCUGCCUGGUGUUCGAGAUGCUGGAGCAGAACCUGUACGACUUCCUGAAGCAGAACAAGUUCAGCCCGCUGCCACUGAAGGUGAUCCGGCCCGUGCUGCAGCAGGUGGCCACGGCGCUGAAAAAGCUCAAGAGCCUGGGCCUCAUCCACGCAGACCUCAAGCCCGAGAACAUCAUGUUGGUGGACCCGGUGCGGCAGCCGUACAAAGUCAAAGUCAUAGACUUUGGCUCAGCCAGCCAUGUCUCUAAAGCUGUCUGCUCUACAUACCUGCAGUCCCGAUAUUACAGGGCUCCAGAGAUCAUCCUCGGACUGCCCUUCUGCGAGGCCAUCGACGUGUGGUCUCUGGGCUGUGUGAUGGCAGAGCUGUUCCUGGGCUGGCCGCUCUACCCCGGAGCACUGGAGUAUGACCAGAUUCGCUACAUUUCCCAAACACAAGGUGUGCCAGGGGAGCACCUACUGAAUUCAGGGACCAAAACCCCUCGCUUCUUCUCCAGAGAGUCCGACUCACCCUACUCUGCCUGGAGGCUGAAGACAACCGAGGAACACGAGGCAGAGACAGGCUUGAAAUCGAAGGAGGCCAGGAAGUACAUCUUUAGCUGUCUGGAUGAUAUUGGACACGUGAACCUGGUUCUGAGCAUGGAGGGGGCGGACCAGCUGGCUGAGAAGGCGGACCGUAGGGAGUUCGUGGACCUCCUGAAGGCCAUGCUGCUGAUCGACGCUGACCAGAGGCUGACCCCUGGAGACGCUCUCACCCACCCCUUCCUCACUAUGCAGCACCUCUUUGACUUCCCCCACAGUAACCACGUGCAAUCGUGUUUACACAUCAUGGAUAUGUGUCAGACGAAGUCAAACUCGUACGAUACUCUCAGUCGCAACAAAGCACCAUCAAUGAGACCAGUCGCUCUGCCCAGCACCCCCAAUAUGAGUGUGGCUUACAACAAGAUGGCCUGCGUUCACUCGCAGUCUUUAGCUCCAUCUGCUCCAUCUGUGCUUCAUCCUGGGAUCCCCAUCCAGGCAGGAAAUGCUCAGUUUGGCUGCAACGACUCCUUCCAGCAAGCCCUCAUCCUCUGCCCUCCAGCCCUGCAAGGAAUCCCGCCGAACCCGAGCCAGCCGACAGCCUACCCUGUUAGAAUGGAGAGCGCCAUCCCCCUGGUCACACAAGCCCCAGCCAUUCAGCCCAUCACCAUGAGGCCAGGAGUCAUUGCCCAGCAGCCGUGGUCAAACCGGACCCCUCAGAUCCUGGUGCCAACCUGGCAGCAGGUGCCCCCUCCCGCCACCACUCUGGCAUCGGACAGCAUGGCAGGCCCGCAACGGCUCGGAGAGUGGGGGAAAGUACCGCCGCACGGCAGCCAUUACGGCUCUGUGAUGCAGCAGCCUCUCUUACCAAACCAAAUGGCAGUCUCUGCUCACCAACCAAUAAACAUUGGCAUCGCACAUGUGGUGUGGCCCCAGCCAGCCAACAAGAGGGGUCACCCCAGCCUGAACAGGAGCAUCAACGUCUCCCAUAGUGCGGACCCCCUGGCCACCACGUAUCGCCCUUCUCCAAAGAUGACGGACAGGCCUCGGAGCGCGGGGGUCGAGGACGUCCUGCAGCCGCCGGCCAGCACAUUGGCCGCAGGGGUGGGCUCCGAGACCGAGCCAGAGGACGGCUGCCGCGUAGAACGGGACUCUGACGACGGUCGGCGCCGGCAUCAUCAUCACCAUCACCAACGUCGUCGUCAGCAGCAUCAUCAACGGUGGCAGCGCGGGAGAGAACGACGGCCUCCGCAGCAGCCGAUCGUCAUCGGCGACUCGCCCAGUCCCACGGGCAGCGUCAUCAGCAUCAGCAGCGACCCCGACGACGGGGAGGACAGCCCUCGAAGGUGUGUGGGCAGUGCGGAGUGCGAGGCGUGCGAGAGCACUCUGAACAUGCAGCGCGUGUGCUCCCUCAGCAGCCCGGACAGCAGCCUCAGCACCAGCUCCUCGGCCUCGGACCAGUCCAGCCCCGAACCCUGCAAGAGAGCCAACAGCAUGUCCGAGGACGACGGCAACGAGAGCGGCCGCGAGACAGUGGACGGUUCGCCGGCCUCCGACUCCUCGCCGGGCCCCGACGGCAGCCCCUACUCCCAGGCGCCCUACCUGGCCAAUCAGAACAGCGAGAGCCGGCCCGCCCCGCUGGCCCCUACCUCGGAGCGCGGCGGCAACAACAAGCCCCCCGUCAGGACCGUGGCGGUGCCGCCCAUGAGGGUCCACAACAACAACAACUUCAUUCCAGACGAGCGGCUGGCCAGCACAGUCUUAGAGUCCUUAUGCCAGUCCAGAGGGCGCUGCGUCCCCGCACGGCUGAGCCACUUCUCCACCCCCAUUCUGCCCCACCAGCACAAGAUGAACUCGGCCUAUCAGCAGCAGCAGCAGCAGCAGCAGCCGCCGCUGGGCUUCGGCCAGGUCCAGCACUACGGCUCCUGCCACAAGGAGUGGAAUGGCAACUACGUGUCCCAUCGGCCGCAGGCCUACAUCCCGCCCACCAUCCACGCCCAUCACGCCUUCCCCUUGGCAGCCCACGGCAGCCCCACCCACAGCGCGCUUCCGGCCCAGCCGCCAGCCCACUCCGCUCCGGCGCCGGCUCCAGCCCUCGCUCCCCCUCCUCCUCCGCCGCCGGUGCAGGCGCCCACGCUGCUCUCCUACCCGCAUCCCCCGCCGCCCACCUCCGCGGCCACCGUGGCCCACCUGCUGGCCUCGCCCUGCCCCUCCCGGCCCGCCGUCCUGCAGCCCGCCUACGGACUUCUGCCGCAUCCUCACCCGUCGCUCGCGGUGGGACUCAGCCCCCACCACCACCACCACCACCACCACCACCACCCCCACCCCCACCCGCACCCGGCGCAGGGCCAGUUCAAGCCGCUCUUCCCCCCGCACUCCUUCAUGGCCUCGCCCGUCUACGCCGGCUUCCCCCUCAGCCCCACCAAGCUCAGCCAGUACCCCUACAUCUGAGCCUGAGCGCCCGGCCCCGCCUGGUGCGCUCCACCACCUCCAUCCCCAGCUCCACCUCCACCUACAACAACAACCACCACCACCACCACCACCACCACACGCCCCCCACCACUGGCACGCCGGCCAGCCCA